UUUGACAGGUGUCAGAUAUCCAGAUUUGAAGUAGGUAGAGAUUAUAUUUUUACAUUUACUGAUUUGAGUUUUAUUUAUUAAUUGAUAAAACUAAAAAUGUUGGAAACGGUUAAAAAUGUUAUAUUGGUAUUAUCCGGAAAAGGCGGAGUUGGUAAAUCUACUGUCAGUACUCAAUUGGCUUUAACAUUUAAAGAAAAAGGAUAUAAGGUUGGUUUAUUGGAUAUAGAUUUGUGUGGACCAAGUAUACCUUAUUUGUUGCAAUUAGAAGGUAAAGAUGUACAUCAGGCAGAUGGAGGGUGGGUUCCUGUUUAUACAGAUGAACAACAAAACUUGGCAGUUAUGUCAAUUGGAUUCUUAUUGAAUGAUAGAAAUACUGCUGUGGUAUGGAGAGGCCCUAAGAAAACAGCAAUGGUUAAGCAGUUCCUUUCUGAUGUAUGUUGGGGUAACUUGGAUUAUUUAAUCAUUGAUACACCACCAGGAACUUCUGACGAACACAUAACGGUAAUGGAAAAUUUGAAAUCUGUUAAACUAGAUGGUGCGAUAAUAGUAACAACUCCACAGCAAUUAUCAAUUGAGGAUGUUAGGAAAGAAAUAACAUUUUGUAAAAAGACUGGUAUUCCAAUCCUGGGACUAAUUGAAAAUAUGAGCGGAUUUGUUUGCCCGCACUGUUCGGAUUGCACAAAUAUAUUCAGUCAAGGUGGAGGAGAGCAGUUAGCAACAAGAGCAGUAAUACCAUUCUUGGGAACUUUACCAAUUGAUCCUCGUGUUGGUCAAUUACUCGGUAAAGCAUGUGUCAAAGAACUGCCAGAAUCUCCAACUGCGAAAGUGUUGGUGAAUAUUGUAAAUGAAAUUGCUUCUAGGUGAGAAUUUAGAAGCUCAAUUCAGAUUUGUUAGCAUUAAAACCUUUUGUUUCAAGUAAAGUUAAAUAAAUUCAGUUGUAAAAAAUAAA